UUGUGUUUGUUGUUUUCAGGAGGCUUUAUCAAAACAGAUUGAGAUGGUGAAGAACUGUCUGACUACACAUCACAAACUAAUGUCAGACUUCAAACACUUGCUAAAAGCUUUAGCCCGUGAUGAACUUGAAGAUGAGGAGGAUGAAGGAAGAGUGAAACUCUUUAUGGCAGAAUACAAAAGCUUUUCAGAAGCAUUUGCUACCAUGAUUAAAAUUCUCAUGGUCGGUACAAGUGAAGACAAACUUGACAAGGUGAACCAAUUAGCCAAACUUUUGAUCAACAUUCAAAAUCUAACAGUAGAAACUAGAAGGUUGUAUGAUGAUCUUGUAAGUCUGGCUGCACCCUUAACUAUUCCUAAAGGGUUAGAUGAGCCUACUAGUGACAAAACACCACCUAGUUUUGCUUCAGCUCUGAGAAAUCAAGUGAGAGAAAAUGAGCAACAAGAAUCUGAUAGAGAACAAGCUCAAGAAGAUGAGGCAACAAAGGAUAAAGUUGGGAGAAGUACAGUUAAAGUGAAGGAUAGAACUGAAGAAAAGGAAGUUGACAAAGUGUGUGGUCUAGAGGGUACAGGCGCUAGCCCUGCCACAUCACCACCUGCCAUCAAGCAAGUCCAAGCUCCAAGACUACCUACAACUGUGAUGCGUGAUCCACGCACUGGAAAAAUGUUACAAGUACGCAACACACAUGCUAUUAAUGUUUGGAGAAGAGUUAAAGGCAAAUUAGAUGGUAGAGACCCAGACCCCACAAGACGGUGCACUGUUCAAGAACAAGUACGUACCCACAAUGAAAACAUUGAAAGAUAA